UUAAAACAGAAUUAAAUCUAGAUCUAGGCACAACCUACUGAUCUAGAUAUAUCUAGAUUCUAGACUAUCUAAAUGUAGUGUAGCUAGAUACUGCUAGAGUGUGAGACAGAAGAAAGGCAGUAAGUCAUAAGUGGACUACUUUAUGAGAGAACAUUCAUUCAGCAUUAAAAUUUAAUUGUUGCAAAGAGCCCUCCCCCCACUACAAUGGAUAGCUUUUAUAUUGCACAGUUUAAUGAUUAGUGAAAAUGGCAACCAGCAACACUUGAUUAUACUUGAAGGUUGUAUUUGAGAUCAGUUGUUCGGCAGCAAUAAAGCAUGUUGGUGAACCGCAAAACAAGUUUUAAAGAUGGCAUGCCAAUGGCUGAUUAUGGUCCAGAUGAAAAUCUAAAUGAUAAUGCAGAUAUAGAGUGGGUUAACAAGAGUUGGGUACGCAGACUUCUUCGUGUUUGUGCAUUUUUGAGUAUGCUUUCUGUAAGCCUGAAUACACCAAUAACGUUUUCAUCUUGGGACCAGUUGCUUUAUAUCACAUUUGCUUUGGACUUAAUUAUCAUGGUGUUAUUCACAGCAGAAAUGGUUGCAAAAAUGCACAUUCGAGGAGUGUGGAAGGGAGAAGCACCAUAUUUAAGAGAUAGAUGGUGCCAGUUUGAUGGAGUGAUGGUCAUGUGUUUAUGGGGAUCAGUUAUUUUACAGGUGUAUGAGAUUGUAGAGAAACCAAGUAUUGACUCAGCCGCUGCCAUUAUAAGAAUUAUCCGUUCUCCACGACCAUUGAUCCUUGUAAGAGUGUUCAGGAAUUUUUUAAAGUUUCAGCUGCCUAAAAAUAGGAUCAAUUCAAUAUUUAAACGAUCGAGUCAACAAAUUUACAAUGUCACAAUAUUCUUUUUGUUCUUCAUGUCUUUGUAUGGAUUUCUCGGGGUUCAGUUUUUUGGGAAAAUGAAAUAUCGUUGUGUUAAGAAUGGAACAGAACCAGGAAAUGUGACUCUCUUUGAUUUGGCAGUACCUGACACAUUUUGUUCUCCAGAUGUUGAGCCUAAUUCUGGUUAUCAUUGUCAGGAAGGAAUGAUUUGUCUAGAGUUGACCAUGAGUCCAGAAAUAAUGGGUUUUGUCGGAUUUGAUCACCUACCCACUAGUGUAUUUACUGUGUAUCAAGCUGCUUCACAAGAGGGCUGGGUCUUUCUCAUGUACAAUUCCAUUGAUAGUCUCCAGUCAUGGAAAGCUUAUCUCUACUUUGUCUCUCUCAUCUUUUUUCUUGCUUGGCUUGUUAAGAAUGUUUUUAUAGCAGUUAUAAUAGAAACUUUUGCUGAGAUCCGAGUUCAGUUCCAGCAGAUGUGGGGCUCUAGAGGAGGAACAGCAGAAUCUGAUGCUAGUCAGGUUAUUCAAAACGAUGGUGGAUCAUGGAAACUUGUUAUGGUAGACGAGAAUAAAACUAAUGGUUUAGCUCCGCCAAUAUUUCAACGUGUGUUGAGGUCCAACUUUUUUCAUACAAUUAUACUUUUGCUUGUGCUUAUUGAUGCAAGCAUUGCAGCUAGUUUGAGUUUUGACCAUGAUAAGAAGUUGCCUGACGAUAAAAUGGAUGGCUUUUAUUUUGCACAGGUUGUUUUGACCAUUUUCUUCUCAUUAGAAGCUCUUUUUAAAAUCUGGUGCCUUGGAUUGAAAGGUUACUUGAAGAGAUCAUUACAUGUGUUUGAGCUAGUUUUGGUCAUUGGCACAGCAAUGCACAUCAUUCCUGAACUGUACCGUUCAGCAUUUACAUGCUUUCAGGUGAUGAGACUUUUUCGCUUAAUUAAAGCAUCUCCAAUGUUAGAGGGUUUCUGUUUCAAGAUCUUUGGUCCUCCUAAAAAGCUUGGUAGCCUGAUCCUGUUUACAAUGUGUUUGCUGAUUAUUGCCUCAAGUAUCAGCUUACAACUGUUUUGUUUUAUUCGAGAUUUCGACAAGUUUCAAACUUUUAAACAGGCAUUUAAAUCCAUGUUCCAAAUCAUGUGUUCUGAAGGAUGGCUGGAUGUUUCCUUUGACUUAAUGAAUAGUCUGAACGACCCAAGUAUUCAAUUUUUAGUGGCAAUUUAUUUUAUGAUCUUCCAUUUGUUUGUCAAUGUGAUUGUCAUCAGUUUAUUUGUGGCUGUCAUUUUGGAUAACCUUGAGUUGGAUGAAGACAUAAAGAAACUGAAGCAGCUGAAACUGAGAGAGCAGAGUCUAGAGACACAAGAAAUGUUACCACUUAGAUUGAGGAUAUUUUCCAAAUUUCCUGACCAUCCUCAAAUGGUGCGACUUAACAAAAUGCCUGGAGACUUUGACAUCUCUGAUAUACGUGAGAGCUUCAUCCGCCAGUUUACUGGCCAGGAAAAUAGUCUUGGUCUUAUGGUGGAUACUCAGGAGCAAGCGGAAAACAUUUCCCCAGAAUUAAAAUCAGCUUACUUGAAGCUUAUUAAUUCCCCCAUGCAUGAAACAAGAUGUGGAGGUACAGUAGAGAAAAAAACUGCCAUCAUAGGAAUUAUAAGAGAUGCCAAUCAACAGAAAGUGAUCAGUGGGGGUUCAGCCCAGCUGGUACCAGUUGGGGGAAGAACAAUGUCUAUUUUAGCACAUCAACAUCAAAUUCGCAUGGAGAGAAGUCGAAGCACCAGGGGUGGAUCCAGACCUACCAGCUUAAAACUGAAAGCUCACCCCAAUAUGAAAGAAAAUGGAGAUGUCAAUACUCAUACAAGCUUGAUGGGGGCUAGAAGAAUGGAUGAUUUUGACAUCAAAGAUAUUCAACAAAAGAAACAACAAGCUGAACAAAAAAGAAACCAACAGGAAGUUGAUCUACGAGAGAACCAUCCAUACUUUGACACACCUCUCUUCCUGGUGGGGAGAGAAACUAAGCUCAGAAAAAUUUGUGAAAUGAUUGUUAAUGCUAAAUAUGAAUAUAUACUGAGGGAUCCAGAAACAGGGAAAAAAAUUAAAUCAAAAUAUAAGCAGCUGCACAAGCUUCUAGGCUUGGUUACCUAUCUUGAUUGGGUCAUGAUCAUUGUAACUAUUCUCUCAUGCAUCUCUAUGAUGUUUGAAACUCCAGUUGACAGAAUCAUGGAGAAACCUGUUUUGCAGGUGGCUGAAUACGUAUUUGUUGUGUGUAUGAGCAUUGAAAUGGGCUUAAAAGUUACUUCAAAUGGCUUACUCUUUACACCUAAUGCUGUGGUCAAUGAUUUUAGCGGUGUUUUAGAUUUGUACAUCUAUGGUGUCAGUAUUGUAUUUAUGUUCUGGAUGCCACGACAAGUCGAGCCACAUUCAAGGGAACAAAUUCUUAUGAUAUUAAGAUGUUGUCGGCCAUUACGCAUCUACAGUCUUGUUCCACACAUGAGAAGGGUAGUUUAUGAACUGGUCAGAGGCUUCAAGGAAAUAGUUUUGGUGUCUGUGCUGCUCAUUGUUCUGAUGUUUGUGUUUGCCAUUUGUGGGGUCCACCUGCUGGGAGGAAAACUGGCACAGUGCAAUGAUAAAAAUAUCACAACAAGGGACAACUGCACUGGAGAGUAUUUUGUUGAGGUCCAAGUUACCAAGAUGCAAAUAAAGAAAAUAGGGAACAAUUUUCCAGGAAUGUGGGUGCCACGUGCAUGGAUAAACCCUCGAAAUUUUAACUUUGACAAUAUCGGCAACGCAAUGUUGGCGUUGUUUGAAGUUUUGUCACUGGAAGGAUGGCUGGAAGUUCGUGAUGUUAUUAUUGAUAGAGUUGGACCAGCAGAGGCCAUCUAUAUUCAUUUUUUUGUGUUUAUUGGCUACAUGAUUGGGCUGACACUCUUUGUUGGUGUUGUCAUAGCUAACUAUGGAGAAAACAAGGGUACAGCUCUUCUGACUGUUGACCAGAGGAGGUGGCUUGACUUAAAGGGAAGGAUAAAGUUAGCACAACCACUGCAUAUCCCUCCUAGACCUGAGAGAAAUGCAUUCAGGGCAUUUAUUUAUGACAUAACACAGCACCUUUACUUUAAAAGAUUUAUUGUGUUUUUAGUUAUUGCUAACUGCCUUAUGCUGUCUGUACCGUGGAAAGAUGAUGCACAUGUCCACAUUUUAGCUGGCUUUUCUACAUCAUUUACUUUACUAUUCUUUCUGGAGGUGAUAAUGAAGAUGAUAGCUCUAUCACCAGUGGGCUAUUGGACCAGCAGAAGAAAUAGAUUUGACAUGUUUGUCACCUUGCUUGGUGUCAUAUGGAUUAUCUCACAUUACAGCUCAGAAAUGUCUGACACAAUAAACUCUUUGGGUUACAUCGUAAUCGUGCUGAGGUUCUUCACUGUCACUGGCAAACAUGCUACCUUAAAGAUGCUGAUGCAGACAGUUGUCAUGUCUGUCUUCAAAUCCUUUUUCAUCAUCAUGGGCAUGUUUUUGUUAAUGCUUUUUUAUGCUUAUGCUGGUGUUAUAUUGUUUGGAAGUGUCAAAUAUGGAUAUAAUCUUGGAAGACAUGCAAACUUUGAAACAGCUUACAGUGCUGUUUUGUUACUAUUUAGGAUAGUUACAGGAGAGGACUGGAACAAAAUCAUGCAUGACUGUAUGGUGAGCCCACCAUUUUGUACUACAGGUGGAAACUACUGGGAGACUGACUGUGGCAACUACCUGGCUUCUAUUGUGUACUUUUGUAGCUUCUAUGUUAUUAUAACCUACAUUGUACUCAAUCUGCUUGUUGCUAUUAUUAUGGAAAACUUCUCACUAUUCUACUCCAAUGAAGAAGAUGCUUUGCUCAGCUACAAUGAUAUACGUCAGUUUCAAAAUACAUGGAAUUUGGUUGAUAUCAAUAGAAAGGGUAUGAUACCAGCAAGGAGAGUAAGAUUUCUCCUUCGUCUGUUGCGUGGGAGGCUGGAGGUGGAUCUAGAGAGAGACAGGCUGCUGUUUAAACAUAUGUGCUUUGAAAUUGAGAAGCUUCAUCAGGGAGGGGAUGUUACAUUCCAUGAUGUCCUCAGCAUGCUGUCCUAUAGAUCUGUAGAUAUUCGCAAGUCACUGCAGCUAGAGGAGUCACUAGCAAGAGAAGAGCUGGAGUUUACAAUUGAAGAAGAAGUUGCUAAGCAAACAAUAAAAAACUGGUUGGAUAAAUGUCUCAAAAGGAUCAGAACAAGAGAGCACUCAAACAUAAUAUCCAACUUGAGAGCUACCAAUGAACCAAUGCUGACACUGACUGAGUUGUCACUGAUGAACCCUGACACUAAGGAAGAGAACAAAGAAGAAGGUCAGACUGUCCCAAGAACCAGAAAGAAGGGCCAUGUUGAAUUAAGAACACCUGUGAUUCAGCCUCCAAGUUCAUCACAAGGAAACACCAGUAGAAAAUAUCUUACCCCAACUCUAAGUGAUGGAGGACCCAGAUCAGACAAAGACAGAGCAAGUCUAAAAAAGCGCAGUGGAAAAGUGAUUGGUGCAGUUAGCAAACAACUUCCACUGGUGUCAGAGAGCUUUACAGAAUCAGUUGCUUCCCCUUUCAUUCCAACAUUUGCCACAGAUUCAUUGCUGGUUGGUAAAAAUGUAUCCAUGGAUAUUUCUUCUUGGUGGAAAGAACAAAGUGUUUACAGUAAUCAAGAGCAUGGGAUCAUCAUUGACAACUGCUAAGAUAAGUAUUUGAGAUUUCUGUAAUGAACAGUUACUACAGGAAGGUUAAAUAAUUAUAAACCUCAAAAAUUAAAUAUUGUCCCAUGAAAGAAAAAAGAACCCAAAAUGUGAAGAUUAAACAAAUGGAACCAAGUUUCUGUGUACAUGAAAGAUUUUGUCUGAAAGUUACAAGCAAGUAGCUGAAUUUGAUUUCUUAACCCUCUGGUGGUAAAGUAUCAAAGGUAGGUUGCUGAAUUUAAUUUCUGAACUUUCUGGAGAUCAAGUAAUGCUGUGUGUACUAAAAAAGUAACUGGCUUAAAAGAUAAAUUGUGAUAGUUACUCUAUAAACCUAGAGGUGUUUUAAGAUUUGUUAAUGUUUAACAAUGUUUACAUUCACUCAUGUGUAGUGUGGGCUUGUUAUUACAAGCUGUUUGAAAAAAAAUACUUUUGUAAUCUUUUUCUUUUCUGUAAAGUGUUCAGCAGUGUUAUCAGUUAACCAUAAAUUGUUGUAUAAAGAUAAAUUGAGCAUUGUAAAUUACUAUUUUUUUUUCUGAUUUAAAGUAAUGUAACUUUAAAAAAUUCAUGUGUAUUGUAAAUGAAAGAGUUUCAAAAAACUCUAAUGUGAGGACUUAGUUCACCAGUAAGGUUAGUAGUUGUUUAUGUGUUUUAAAAAAUGUUGAAAAUUUCAAAUCCAUUGCAUUUUAAACAUCAGACUGUUAAUAUUAAGCAUUUGAAUUUGUAUACCAUUUUGCUCAUGUUAAAAUAUAGUGUAGAUAUUUUCAGUUUUUUGACAAAUGUGAACUAUUCUUGUCUUAUAAGACUGGAGUGUACUGUUGUUGGGGAUCCAAUCUAACACAGAACAUUUUAUAUAAUAUUACAUAAUCUCAUUUUAAAGUAUUGUCUCAGAUGCAACAUAAGGUAUUAAUUUUGUUUAAUUUUUACCAAUUGCUAAUUUGUUUUAAAGCAUUUUUGUGUUCAAUAUUAAUUAUUCCAAAAAAUGAAGCCAAGGCUACUUAUGGAACAUUACCCUACAUAAAUAGAUUGCAAUACAGAUGUAUUGAGCAAUAAAAUAUGUGAAUUUUAUUAUUUUAUUUAUUUUGAAGUUCGCUAUAUUUGACACUUUUGUUAUACGCAAUUGAGGUCAAUCAAAAAUGUAAUGGAUCCAAGAUAAAUAUUCAAUCAUAGGACAGUUUAAAACAUAAAUUUCUGAUUUUACUAACUACACUAGUGAUAUAUUUAUGUUUGUGAUAAAAAUAAUACAACAAUUGUUUUUUAUUGUGCAAUAUUUUAAUUUUAUUAAGUUUCUGUUUGUUAAAAUAUUUUUACACAGUAUUAUGUUUUGGACCUUUAGAAUCUCAGUGCAUGUACUAUUUAUAAUAAAUAUAAACCUAUAGA